UACAAUAUUAUUUCAUCAUCACAAUUCAUCCUUCAUCCUUUCCUCAGAUAGACAUUGUUUUCUUCCAAUUUUUCAUACAAUUAUUAUUCUCAUAUAUUAUUACCAAGAAAUUAAUUUAUGCAUCAAUUCAUCCUCACUUUGGUAUGAAUUUCUCUCAAACAACUUCUAAUUUUGAGGCUCUUAGAAGGUAUCUAUUCAUCGGCCCGGCCCGCGUUCAUAGAGGCGCAUAUUUCCCGACUUCUAGAAGGAUCGGACAACAUGAGUCUAUUCGAGUUCAUUACAGGAUCAACGAGGUCGUGGCAGCCAGCCACGACGGUCGACACGACCACCGUGUCUUAUUGGAUUAAUUGGAGGGUUUUGUUGUGCUCCAUAUGGAUUCUUAUGCCGAUUAUCUUCGCCUCUUCUAUCAUAUCAAGACAUGAACGACAUUGUUGUUCUUUAGGACAACAUAAGCACCAAUGUUGUGGAGUCUUGUAUGAGGAUCAAGCGUGGAAGCCGUGCCUUGAAAGUGUCCAUCCCGGCUGGCUUCUCGCCUUCCGAGUCUUCGCGGGCUUCAUACUUCUUACAAUGCUCGUCCUCAACGUUGUCGUAGAUGGUUCGAGCAUUUUUUACUACUAUACUCAGUGGACUUUUACGCUUGUAACGAUAUAUUUUGGGCUCGGAUCCAUGUUAUCGAUGCGCGGAUGCUACCGAUAUAGAAGCCUCGAAAAAGAGCAUUUUGACGCCGAGCAUGGAUCCUACGGAUGGACAAAAAUCGUGGACCUAAACCAAGAACGUCGCGAAAAGGCCGGAUUAUUGUCCCGUGUCUACCACAUCAUUUUUCAGAUAAGCGCGGGAGCUGUGGUGCUUACGGACAUAGUCUUUUGGUUUGUUAUAGUUCCCUUUCUUGCAACAAAGGAUUAUAAACUCAACUUCUUGGUAAUAAAUAUGCACUCGACCAACGCUGUUUUCCUACUCAUCGACACGGCUUUGAACAGCUUGACAUUCCCGUGGUUUCGAAUCGGCUACUUCCUUCUAUGGACUUGUUCAUACAUUCUUUUCCAAUGGAUUCUCCAUGCCAGUGUGUCUAUUUGGUGGCCUUACCCCUUUCUCGAUCUAUCAUCUUCCUACGCUCCAUUACUAUAUUCGAGCAUUGCGCUGCUACACAUACCGUGCUACGGGAUUUUCUUGUUGAUCGUGAAGGGGAAGCAUGUUUUGUUGUCGAAAUGGUAUCCUCAAUCUUACCUAGGAGUUCAACAAUGAUUUCUUGUAAUAGGCGACGACACUUGUAUUAUGCGGACAUUCUUUUAGAAGCCUGUUUUUUGUGCAAUCCGAGAGCUCGAUGAUUCAAGCUUCUUUCGCGUAUGCUCUUGCGAACUAGUCUUAGAUUAUCAUAUAGUCGAAUGUUUUGGACAUGUAGGGCUAAACGCCACCAAACUAAACGUAUACCAUGUUAGAUUAUAUAAAUACCGACUCACCUAAAAGCUUAGGGAUACGCAUUAUUUAUUUAUUUAUUUACAAACGACCUGGUGGGUUUA